CCUUAUCUAUGGUCUGACGUCAAACAAGGUCAGGGGCGACUGGUGUGAAUCUACAGUCAUCAACAGUGGCAGCUCUAACCUGACCACCAUCAGAAUCCCUGUCAACAACGUCACAAUUGCACAAAUGUCCAGUGGAGAAUGCGCCGGCCAGCAACUGGGUGUGGACACAUUCACCUGGGCCAUUGUCUUAAAGGAGUUUGACGGGCUUCUCCAGGAGUUGGAUGUCAAGAUCAAUGUCACCUGUGAUUUCAGUAUGGCCGAUAACUUGGCCCGAUCUGGGGAGUUUUCUACAGGAGGAGAAGGCAACCAAAUUCAGGAGAUGUCAAUUAUCCCGGAAUCUACCCACGAUGACGUCCUUCUUCACGUGAUCAAAGCGUCCUCGGGAGAGUCAGUCAGCGAGGCUGCCAUUGGUAGUGAUGUCAUACUAGAGAUUCAGUACGCUCUACUACAAGGUCUGUGUCAGGUCACGGGUUCGCCAGUCAGGUCCCUUAUCGCCUCUGGCGAGAAAAAUAUCAAGACGCCAUUUUUCAAGCUGUUCGCCUUUGAAGGCGAGACAUCUGUAACAUUCCGGUGUGACCGUCAGACGGAGGCAUACCAGCCAGCCCGCCCACCAGCAGCCCCUCCAGCCUACGACAUGGGCCCGCUCGUCUACGUCAACCCUGUGACCUGCUCGCUCUUCCUCCUCAUCCUUCUGGUCUUCCUCUGCAUGUACAUCGCCUUCAUCCGCACACUGCGCAAGUCUGUCUACGACAUCCGGAAGGAGAUCGAGGUCAGGAGGUCACGGGACAAGUUCCUCCAUUGUGGGUGUGUUCAGCAGAAAGACAAGGAUUAUGUAGCCCCUUAG